UAGAGGUUAAACGUAGAUGAGAGCGUGUGUCCAGUAGUAUAUACUUGCCUGUCUUUCUUUGCAUUUAAUAAUAUACGGCUUCUCAUUCUGGUUUUAUUUAUUUGUUAAGAUAAUGCAUCUUGUGAGGCGUCUUCGAGUGCCCGGCUUGGUUACAGGGUGUUUGAAGACGGCCAGGCGCAGCCGAACUUCGGGAAUCUCUGCAAACCUUGAUAUUCGGGGCAUUUAUCCCCCGAUUACGACCCCUUUCAACCAAAAUGAACAGGUGGAUUAUAAUAAACUGGAAGAAAACCUGAACAAGUACUCGAAGGUACCUUUCAGAGGCUUUGUUGUCCAGGGCUCCAAUGGUGAAUAUGUGUAUCUGACAAGUGAAGAACGAAUUGAGGUGGUGAAGAGUGUUUCCAAGUCUGUUACAAAAGACAAGCUUGUGAUUGCUGGUUCUGGCUGCGAGUCAUCUAUUGCAACAAUUCACAUGACUGAAAGGAUGGCAGAAGCUGGAGCUCAUGCAGUUCUAGUGGUCACACCAAGUUACUACCGUGGAAGGAUGGAUAAUCGAGCACUCAUUCAGCAUUACACACAGGUGGCUAAUGCCAGUCCUGUUCCUGUUAUCUUGUAUAGUGUUCCUGGAAAUACAGGACUUGACCUGCCAGUGGAAGCUGCAGUUACCCUCUCCCAACAUCCCAAUAUUGUGGGUCUAAAAGACAGUGGCGGGGAUAUAACUAGAAUUGCUCUGAUUAUUCACAAAACUCAAAAAGAGGAUUUCCAAGUUUUGGCGGGCUCUGCUGGUUUUCUUUUGGCUGCCUAUUCUGUUGGUGCAGUUGGAGGUGUGUGUGCACUUGCUAAUGUCCUGGGGACCCAAAUAUGUCAGCUUGAGCAGCUGUGUAUUUCAGGCCAAUGGGAAAAGGCCAAAGAUCUACAGUACAGGCUCAUUGAACCAAAUACAGCUGUCACUCGUCAGAUGGGAAUUGCAGGUUUAAAACAAGCAAUGGACUGGUUUGGAUAUCAUGGUGGUAAAUGUCGUUCUCCUCUCUGUCCACUCAGUGAAUUAGAAGCCAAGCAGCUAAACAGCAUCUUUACCUCCAAUGGAUGGCUGUCACACUUUUAAAAUUGAGGAAUGGGAUAUGAAAAUAAUUGGAUCUUAAAAAUAAUGACUAGUCACCCCUUAAAAUACUAAUGUGACAUAUUGGUUUAUAAAAAUAAAGAUAUUUCUGUU